GAACAGGACAGAAAAGGGGAGUGAGUUUUGGACUUUGUCCUCAUAUUCACUGUCACUAGAACCUGGAGAAGAUAGAGAGAGGCACAGCGGGAGAGGUAGAAAGAGCGGAGGGAAAGAGUGGCAGAGAGAAGUCAGCCUAGUCUAAAAAAAAAACACAUAAAAAGACAAAACAAAAAACAGGACAAUUAAGAAUUUUAAAUGGAAAACUCUGCAGCACUUCUAGACAAGCAAUCACCGCCUGGAGCAACUGAUAUUUCUCCAGAUGGUGCAACAUCUACUAAACAGAAGAAAAGUAAAAAACGGCUUGCAGACGUGAAGUCGUUUAGUCUUGAAGAACCUUUACAAGGCGAUGGGGGGGAAAGAACUGGAACGUUGUUCAGGUCAAAAACAUAUGACCAACCUUCAUCUUUAAUGUCAUUUGAAAAGGAUCUCUCAACAGAAAGACGCAGAUCUAUAACCAGCAAUUUACCAAAGCACAAUGUCACUUUCCACAAGCUGUUUCGGGAUGUUUCUGAGGAUGAGGAGCUUAAAGACAGCUUUUCCUGUGCCCUCCAGAAGGAAGUUUUAUAUCAGGGUCGUUUGUACAUUUCGCCCAACUACUUAGGAUUCUACUGCAGCAUGCUACGCAAGGAAAUCAAGGUUUUGAUACCUGUCACCUCUGUGAUCCUUCUAAAGAAAGCAAAUACAGCACUACUGGUGCCCAAUGCUCUGAGUGUGAGAACCAUUGAAGGAGACAAGUAUCUGUUUGGGUCUCUGCGCAACAGAGAAAUUUGUUACCAAGCAGUCCGCUCUGUUUGUACUAAUCUUCAGGAUGGAAGUUUGUGUAACACCCCUCUCUCAUACUGUGCAGACCCAGGUACAGAACAAAACAAGGUCUUGAACUCCAGCCACUCGGAUCUGGAGCAGCAUCAGGAGUCUGACAGUGCACAAAACUGUGCCACAGGCAAGGUUGCACCUUUCCAAGUCCAGACUCAAAUAAGAUCUUCCCCUAGUGAAGUGGAUGGGAUUGUUCAGAGUAAUGGAAAAGUGUGUCAGCAGAAGGAAACUUUAGGCAAUUCUAAUCGCACACAAUGGAUAGCGCCAAGGACUGUGAACAUUCUGCUCAAUGUUUACAUGUUGCUGGUUGUCAUCUUGCUGGUCUCGUCAGGAUAUAUAGGGUUGCGAAUUAUGGAGCUGGAGAACCAGCUGAGUGUCAUGGGAGCCUGGCCAAAGGAAGCAUUGAACCAUGGGUCUCGGGACACAUGAGGUGAACGUGACAAAGAAGCUUGUCACAUUUAUCAACAUCUCUGCUGGAACAACGUGAGAGACCACUCACAGGAGAAAUGCAGUGAAAAAAUCUUCAUGGUGUGGGAUCAGUCCAAUAUGGUUUUGCUGAACUCAAAACAGACUCAAAGAAAAAACUUUGCACUUUAUGCUUUUAGUUCCAACAUUAUAAAAGGGGCCCCGAAGGCUGAACACAACAUGGAAUAAAAUUAGAAGCCAUAAUGAGCACUUACAACUUUAGACCAUCUUCUCUGUAGAUGUGGAUUAUGCACCCUCUUAUGGCAUCUGGAAUACAAUCAAGACUUAAAUACAGUUGGUCUAAAGUAUGACAUGAAAAAGCAUGUUAAGAGGCUUCGAUCACAGAAUCUUAGGGUAUGAUCAAAUUGUAGGGACGUUCUCCCUUUAUAGAGGCUUGACCAUUGGUAAAUGAGCUGCAAGGGGGUGACAUUGGUAAUGGGUAAUUCCCUCAGAGGGUUUUGCUUUCCUAAAAUUAGUUUUCUGUUUUCUGUUAACAUACUGAGUGUUUAGAGGAGAAUGCAUUCCCUGGAAAAGAGACAAAGAAGAAACAGAUAUGGGGAGUAGUGAAAUAUGUUUUUUUCACAUUGAAUAAGAAAUAUUCCAGCUGGUCUGAAAUAGUGUUAUCAAUCCUAACAAAAGACACACUUAACCUCUUUAAUACCUCAGAGACAUGCAAGCGCACAACAGCAACUCACACCUCAACCCAGAGGAUUGCAUCUCUCUUCUUAUUACUCAGAAAAUAUGUGUAUUUAUCUUUUACUGAUAUCCAGAGAACCAAUCUUUUUUAAUAUAAAGUGAUUUUUACUUAUGUAUGUAUUUCAAAGAAUUUUUACACAAAUUAUUUAUAUGUUUAUGUAUGUUCCUAAAAUAAAAAAAAUUCAGGUAAAA